CCCGCACUCGACUCAUUCUAUCUUUCCCGGCCACAGGUAUGAGAGAGGAGGUUAUCAGCUCCGGCGGGACCUUGGAUCCCACUCCGGCCGCGAGUUCUGCUGGGGCAUCCUCACCAGCUGUUCCAACUAAUUUUGGAAGUAUUGAUUGGUCUGGGCAUGGACAUAAUUCCAAAGCAGCUUCUCAAUCUUUUGUUGGUUCUGGGUCUGCCCUUGGAUCAUCAAGACCUUCAUGCAGACCUUGGGAAAGAGGGGAUCUUCUUAGGCGAUUGUCUACUUUCAAGCCUUCUAAUUGGUUUGGGAAGCCCAAGGUUGCCAGUUCAUUGGCCUGUGCUCAGAGAGGUUGGAUGAAUACUGAUGUUGAUAAAAUUGCAUGUGAAUCAUGCAGUGCAUGCUUGCAGUUUUUCACAUCAUCACCAUCAUUGGCUCCUUCUGAAGUAGAAGAUGCAGUUGAAGCCUUUUCCAAACAGCUUGAUGCUGGGCAUAAAAUCAAUUGCCCCUGGAGAGGAAACAGCUGCCCAGAAAGUCUGGUGCAGUUCCCACCUACUCCUCAGUCUGCCCUGAUUGCAGGAUACAAGGAUAGAUGUGAUGGACUUUUGCAAUUUCAAUUUCUUCCUGUCAUAGCUGCAUCUGCAAUUGAGCAGAUGCAGGUGUCUCGGAGUCCACAGAUUGAUCGAUUUCUGACUCAGCCACUGAAUUUUACAAUUGAGGUAGAAUGGAGAUCAGAGAAUGUACUGGAACUUGAAAAUUCUAGGGAUGGCUCAUUCUAUCAAUAUUCUCGUUCGCAAAAGCUUAUAAGUUUGUGUGGAUGGGAACCGAGAUGGCUUCCAAAUGUUCAAGACUGUGAAGAACAUUCUGCACAGUCAGCUAGAAAUGGACAAUCUUUUGGCCCUGCAACAGCCAAUGCUCAUCAUUCACAUGACCCUGGACCAAGCAAAAAUCCACUCUCUGCUUCAGCUAAAAAGGGCACUGGAAUGAAUAAAGCAUUACCAAUGGAGUCUAGAUAUGAAUCAAGAUCACCUUUAUUAGACUGUAGCUUGUGUGGUGCUACUGUCAGGAUAUUGGAUUUCUUAGUUGUUCCUCGACCUGCUCGUUUUGCUCCCAGCAGUAUUGAUAUUCCUGAUGCAAGUAAAAAAAUGGGAUUGACACGUGGGGUGAGUGCAGCCAGUGGAAUUAGCGGUUGGGUCGCUGCAGAUGAUCCAGAGAAAGAACAGUUUGAAGACCGUGCUGAAGUGGCAACAACUGAUGGGGGAAAAUCAACACAAGAAACAGUUGUUGAUUUGAAUCUCACAAUGGCAGGGGGUCUGUCUUCUACUCACUUGGGCAGGAUUGCAACAUCCAAAAAUAUGCAUGAUGUGGAUAUGGGGCGGGAUCUAAUGAUAGGGCAACCAUCAGGAAGUGAGGUCGGUGACCGAGCAGCUUCAUAUGAAUCACGAGGUCCUAGUUCUCGCAAACGAAGCUUGGAAUUAGGUGCCAGCUCGAAUGGCAGGCCUCAGUUACAGAUUCAGCAGGCUGAUAGUGUUGAAGGAACUGUUGUUGAUCGUGAUGGUGACGAAGUCAAUGAUUGUAGACAAUAUUCUGCUGGGCCUUCAAAACGUGCCUGUGAUUCUGAUGUUUUUGAUACUCACUGUUCAUCAUAUCCAAGAGACUCAUCUGGUGCUGGCCCAAGCCAUUCCAUGGGGUUUGAAACUUAUGCAGAUGGCAACAGAGUUGGUUUGUUUAGGCAAGCAAGUGAACAUGGUAUGGGUGUCCCCUCUGCUACACGUGCAUCAUCUGUCAUUGCCAUGGAUACAGUGUGUCACAGUGCAGAUGAUGACUCUAUGGAAAGUGUUGAAAACUAUCCUGGUAAUGUUGAUGAUGUUCAUUUUCCCUCUUCUAGUACCUAUGGUCAGUUCGACAUGAAUGACACAUCAGAACUCAAUUAUAGUAAUCAAGCUCAGCAGAGUAUUUGUUUCCAACCAGCUGCUGAAGCAAUUCCUGGAGAAAUGGGCAUCAGUAGUACAAAUGAUGGUGAAGAAAUUUUCAAUGCAGAAACAGUGACAGCUCAGGCUAGGGAUGGAUUUAGCUUUGGAAUUAGUGGGGGAAGUGUUGGUAUGUGUGCCAGCCAUGAGGCUGAAAUCCAUGGGGCAGAUGUUUCUGUGCAUAGAACAGAAAGUGUUGUUGGUGAUGUGGAACCAAGGGUAGAGGAUGCUGAAAUUCAGGGUCAAACUGGUGAAUCUGUACCAGAUCCUGGGUUGAUGGAUGAGAUUGUCCCCGAUGAUCUAAAUAGGGAAGAUCCUCAUGGUGACAGCCAGGAGAUGUUGUCUCGCUCUGUUGGGAGGGCUGACAGUGGUUCAAAAGUUGAUGGAUCUACCAAGGCAGACUCUGUUGAAAGUGGUGAAAAGAUAAGUCAAAGCUGCAAGUUAGCCUUGGGGAGUAAUGCUCACCCUUCUCUCUCCUGCAAUGCUAAUAUUAACUCUGGUUAUGAACCAAAUAAGAAAGAGGUUGCAGAAGUCGGAAAAUCAGCAUCCAUAAACAAUGGUCCUUACUUUGAGUCAGACUAUGCUGUUGCAAAUGGAUUAGGGCCUCCAAAAGGAGAAAGCAACUAUGAAGAAUCUGUAGAAUUUGAUCCAAUAAUACAUCACAACCAGUUCUGCCCAUGGGUGAAUGGAAAUGUUGCUGCUGCUGGCUGUAGUAGCUCUAGUUCUAGCACCAGUGCUGAUGCUGUUGCGCUUUGUGGAUGGCAACUGACCUUGGAUGCACUGGAUGCCUUGCGAUCCUUGGGGCAAAUUCCAGCCCAGACUAUAGAGUCCGAGUCAGCAGCAUCUUUGUACAAGGAUGAUCAACCGACCUCUGGAAAGAAGCUCCUUCGAAGGCACUCUAUGAACAAAAGCCGUGGACAACAUUGACAAUGAAUUUGAAGAGAGAAAAUGCAAUUACUAUGUUAGGGUCACAAUAGCGUUCAAUUCCGGAGGCAAAUAUGAAGUUGUUUCAGUUGUUGCCUACUGGAACUUCGUCCAGGGAGGACUGCUGCCGAUUCUCUCUCUAUUCUCCUGAAGUAAUUUAUGUUAUUGGAAAAAUUUUUAUAUGCCUGUUCAUACUGCCUGUCUCAUCUUUGUUCUCUAAGAGAGUUCCUUUUUUAUUUUUUUUUCCUCUUUAGCAAAUAUUAGUAUUAUUCGAUCAAUCAAUGAUGUGACAGUAAAGUUGUGGUUAAGAACUAAUGCAUUGAGGAUAAUAAUUUUUAGCUUGGUCCUCUUUUAACUCUUAUAGAUUGGAACCCUUUUUUUUAUUUUUUGGUUGCAAAGAAGUUAGUGCUUAGCUUGUGGUGUAGAACUAUAGAUUUUUAGAUUGUAGCUGAUUAAAAAAAAUGAUUAUUAGAUUGUAAACCAUGAUGCCAUGGCUAAUAAAGCAAAUAAUGCAUCAAAUUCGAGACUUCUGUGGACAUGGAGUUCUGCAUUAAGGUGAACAACAGUCAGUGCCGCACAAUAUAUAAAAAGAAAUUCUGAUCUCAUUUCUGCUGCUGGUUUGCUACUCUUGGUGAGUUGUCCAUCAUGAUUUGGUUCUAAACUUGAAUUGAAAUGCAUUCGGGAAUGAAGUUUCAAUUUACUG